UCCAAACAGCCCCUUCAAAAACAUGGAUAAGGCUGUGAGACCAGUAUUUACAUUAGAACUCAACUAUAAAAUCAUACCAGGGUUAGUUACUGUUGGAAAAUAUGAUGGCACUCACUCGUGUCUCACCGCAGCUACUUCUACAGAAAAAGUCCUCAUCCAUAGCCCUCACAAACGAAAUAUUACAGUUCAUGGAAGAAUUAAUUAUUCCGAAUCUAAUAGAGAAAUUGCUACGUUAAAUAUCAAUCAAACGAUCACAGCACUUGUGACUGGAACCUUCAUUCCUGAUGAAGAUAAAGACAUUCUUGUAAUAGGAACAACUUCUCACAUAUUGGUCUAUCAUGUGCAUGAUAACAGAGAUAUAUUCUAUAAGGAAUGCCCAGAUGGCGUGAAAGCAUUAGUCCUUGGUAACUUUGGCGAAUCCAGAAACAAACUACUUCUAGUUGGUGGUAACUCUUCUAUUCACGGUUUUACUCACGAGGGUAAUGAAGUUUUUUGGACUUCUGUUGGAGAUGUAAUAACAUCAAUGAUACUAAUGGAUUUCAACAAGGAUUCUUCAGAAGAGUUGAUUGUCAGUUCCGAAGAUUUCAAAAUCCGAAUUCUCAAAUGGGACACUCUCAUAUCAGAAAGUACCGAAACAGAGGUGGUGACACUUCUGGUAAGUCUCCCAGAAAACCGAUUUGCUUAUGCUGUCUCUAAUGGAACAAUAGGUGUUUAUGAACAGGAGAACAGGUUGUGGAGAGUAAAGUCCAAAAAUUUUGCAAUUGGUAUGCAAUCCUACGACUUGAUGGGCCAAGGAACUCCACAGCUUAUAACUGGAUGGUCUAAUGGUAAAGUUGAUUGUAGAUCCAUUAAAACUGGCGAGGUGUUCUUCAAGGAUUCGAUGAAUUCUGGUGUUGCUGGGGUGGUCGAAGGAGAUUAUAGAUCAGUAGGAAAAAACGAUAUAAUUUCUGUUUCGAAAGAAGGAGAAAUGAGAGGCUACACUACGACCAAGAGCUUAUCAAUAACAACCACAGGUGGAUCUGAUCAAGAUAUCGUACGCGAAUUGUUAGCACAAAAGCAGUCGCUGCUGAUGGAGUUGAAACAUUAUGAAAAUAAUAACAAUUAUAAUGACAAUAGCCAUAAUCAUCUCGAUAGUUUUGAGAGUCAGGGAGUUAUACCUGCUAAUACCAGGUUACAAAUUGGUAUCGCUGCUAAUGAAGGAUAUUCUAAAGAGCGAUUCAUAGAGAUAUUCGUCUCCACCAAUAAUUCAACCGUGAUAAGAUCGAUAACAAUCUUCGCUGAAGGCAUAUUCAAAGGGGAGACCCAUGUGGUUCACCCUGCAGACAACCAAAUACGCUCAGAUCUGACAAUUCCUUUACAUCUACCAACAGAUAAUCCUGUUGAUAUUCACAUCAAGGCUUUCGUAGGUUAUCCAAAGAGCGAGCAGUAUCACGUGUUUGAGAUAACGAGGCAACUACCUCGAUUCUCGAUGUAUGCCUUAAAUAACGGAGUUUUGGAAGAGAAGCCAGAAAGCCAUGUUGAAUUCAGGAUCAACGAGAGACUUCAAAGGAUAUGUAUGUGGAUCAAUCAAAAUUUCCUGUUAUCUAACGAUGUUGAAAUAGAUGGAGGACCUAGUCUAGAGUUAAACAUGAAAUGUUUGAGAGACGGAACCAAUCUUGUUAUGACUUUUGAGGUGAUCGGAAACGUAAGGUUCCAUACUGAGAAUAUUGGUUUGGCUGCUGACUUGGUGCAAAGUUUGGCGGCGUUCUUGAACUUAGAAACUCUCGAGUCGAAAGCGCAUUUUCCUCAAGAAGAAAAACAAGUGAGCGAACUCAUAAUGAAACUUUCUGAAAUACAAGAAGCAAGGAUGAGAUUAGGAACAGAUGUUGCUGAUCGCUUGGGACAAGUGAGAACGUUGGUAAUAAAGGCAGAGGAUGCUAGAAUAAAUGACGUAAAUGAAUUGAGCCAGCACUAUAAAGAUCUAGAUAAUUUGAAUAAAGAGCUUAUGAAUGGAUAUAACAUAAGACUAAACAAUCAUAAUGAAGGAUUAGAAACAGUGAAGAAGAUUAAUAUCAUCAUACAACGAUCUUCAAGAUUGAGAGUUGGUCAAAAAUCUUCACAAAUGUUGAAACAUUGCAGAAAUGCCAUAAAAACUAACAAUAUCGAAGGACUUGUGAAGAUAAUCAGAAUUGGGGAGAUGUGAAAUGAAACAGAGAUUUAUAUUAUAUUUUUAUUAUUCUCAUUAAUAAACAGAGUGAGUUUUAAGUAUGGAAUAGACUCUUAACAAUCUUGGAAACGAAUCGCAAGAUUUUUAUAGAUUUUGGUGUGCAAGGACCUUGUGAUAUGGCCGAUAUUAUGGUAGUAGUUACAUUGUUCUCAGAUCGUUCUUCUUCAUUAACAAAAAUGAACUUUGUUAUUUCAAAUGGAUAGCUAUUUAUAUUUUUUGCCUUUUGAAAUCCUCGAGAAGUAAAGAAUAUUUUUCAUGUGAUGUUCCCUUUUUCCUUUUUUUGCCGAAGAUAAAAUAAUACGUUUGGAUGGAUAUGAUUGAUUAAUCUGGUUUAAUUUGAACAAUGUUCAAAUGUUUGUUUUAUGCUAGAGGUAGAAGUAGAAAAAUAAGGAAUUUUAAAUAACUAUAAUUGAGGCGUUCCAUACUCAUAUUCACUCUGUAUACUUAUUUAGAUGAUGACGAAUAUAAAAUAAAAAACAUCAUUCACUAUCCAAUAUUUUUUUCAUUGAAAAAUAUACCUGGACCCAUUGGAAUAAGAA